UGGGCGUCUAAUCUGUCUCCUCCAGCUCAUACAUGACUUCACGAUUAACGUUACACAAGUUGGCUCACUCCAAACCCUGAUCCCUCCUGCCGUAUUCCCUCCCCACAAACAUGACGGAAAGCUCCGCGAACAAGCUCUUAAACGGAGACGCCUGUCACCGGACGUCAAAUGGGAAAAAAUCGACUAAAAAUGGCUUCGUGAAGAACCACUGCCUGUUCCAACAGCCUCAGAAGUAUCGUCGCCCAAGGGAGAAGAACCACAGUGUCCCAAAUAACUCCAGCCUGUACAAGAAACCCUUUGUGGAAUCAUUUGAAGAAACUCCUCUUCUUGUGGCCGUUCUUACCUAUAUGGGCUAUGGCAUCCUCACCAUCUUUGGCUACCUCAGAGACUUCCUCCGCCAGUGGAACAUUGAGAAGUGUCAUGUGGCUCGGGAAAGAGAAGAACAGAAGGAUUUUGUCCCUCUUUAUCAGGACUUCGAAAACUUUUACACCAGGAACCUGUACAUGAGAAUUCGAGAUAACUGGAACCGACCCAUAUGCAGCGUCCCUGGUGCCAAGAUGGACCUGGUGGAGAGAGUUUCCCAUGACUACAACUGGACCUUUGAGCACACGGGCAAAGUCGUGAAGGACGUCAUCAAUAUGGGCUCAUACAACUACCUCGGCUUUGCCGAGAACAUUGGGGCUUGUGCUGAUGCCGCAGUCAAGGCCACACACAAGUACGGAGCUGGAGUGAGCAGCACUCGGUGUGAGAUGGGAAACCUGGAUAUUCACGAGGAGCUGGAGCAGUUGGUUGCCAGGUUUCUUGGUGUUGAGUCAUCCAUGGCUUUUGGCAUGGGCUUCGCAACCAAUUCUAUGAACAUUCCUGCACUUACUGGAAAGGGUUGCCUCAUCCUGAGUGACGAGCUGAAUCAUGCAUCCCUGGUGCUCGGUGCUCGUCUUUCUGGUUCUACAAUUCGAGUCUUCAAACACAAUAAUAUGCAAAGCCUGGAAAAGCUGCUGAGAGAUGCAAUCGUGCACGGGCAGCCGAGAACACAUCGACCCUGGAAGAAAAUUCUCAUUGUGGUGGAGGGCAUAUACAGUAUGGAGGGGUCAGUUGUGCGUCUGCCUGAGGUCAUUGCUCUAAAGAAGCGCUAUAAGGCCUACCUGUACCUGGAUGAGGCCCACAGUAUCGGAGCCCUGGGACCUAAUGGUAGAGGAGUCGUGGAUUACUUUGGCCUGGAUCCUAAAGAUGUAGACAUUAUGAUGGGAACAUUUACCAAAAGCUUUGGUGCUGCUGGAGGAUACAUUGGAGGCAAAAAGGAGUUAAUCGACUACCUGAGGACCCACUCUCACAGUGCACUGUACGCCACCUCCAUGUCCCCUCCUGUGGCCCAGCAGAUAAUCACCUCUAUGAAGAUCAUAAUGGGGGAGGAUGGGACCAAACUGGGUGCUGAUCGUCUCAGGCAGCUAUCAGAAAACACCACCUACUUCCGCAGAAAACUCCGGGACAUGGGCUUCAUCAUCUAUGGCAAUGAUGACUCACCUGUGGUACCCAUGAUGCUUUACAUGCCUGCAAAAAUUGGGGCAUUUGGUCGGGAGAUGCUGAAGAGAAACAUCGGUACAGUGGUCGUCGGCUUCCCAGCAACGCCCAUCAUUGAGUCCAGAGCACGCUUCUGCAUUUCAGCUGCCCAUACCAGGGAAAUGCUUGACACUGCGUUGGAGGCCAUCAGUGAAGUGGGUGACCUGCUGCAACUCAAGUACUCCAGACGUGAACAGCCCCUUCCCUCUUGGAUGACUGAAGAAAGCCUGCUACAGGAUUGAGACACAUUGUCCCCCUCUGAUCAUAUGAACCCUCUCACUCACUCUGCCUCCUCCCAAUUCUAUCCAAACACUGUAUCUUAUAUUUUCUAAUACCCCACUACUUGCCCUACCCCCCACCCCACACUCUGAGGCAGUCCCUCCACCCCACUUUUGCGUAUCCCAUAUCAAACCCCACUGGACUCUAAGAACCAAAGUCUUGACAGGUCCAAGCCUUACUUUAGAACCUGCACACACCACAGCUUCUUAGCCUGUGUCCAGUCUGUGACAAGGGAGGGGGUCAGAAUCAUCAAUGUCUUACUGUAUGUGUCUAUUGUUACAAAAUGCAUCCAGAGCCUUUCCGUUUGUCCUAGCUUUUUGUGACUACACCAGUCUAACAUCAAGUCUUAUUCCUGUGUGCACAUUCAGUGUGUAUCUUAUUUGUGCAAUAAUAACAAAAAGGUGGAGUUCAUUGUAAAUUAAACACCCUAGAGCAAAGGAAAGCCAUUAGUUCCCACUUAUACACUUGGAGGGAAAAAAAUCUAUUAAAAAAAUCAGAGAGCAGAUCAUAGCAGCUGCUAUGCACACAAGGAAAAAGUGAUAUAUGUAAAUAUUAUUUAUUGUGAUGUUGGUCAUACUGCCUUAGGGUAGCAUCCUAAACGUCAAACAGAUACAUUAUUUCACAGGAGUAACAUAAGCAUAUGUUCUCCAUAUGUAUUUAUCUGAUGGCUUUUUUUCCUAAUCACUUUUACUUGAAUAGAGUAUAGAUAUUUGGUUCUUUCCCUAACCAAAGGAUAUAUAUAUAUAUAUAUGUAUGUAUAUGUAUAGAUCUAUUUUCUACCUUUCUCUUAAAAUGCAAAGCAGAUGUUCUAAAAGAAAUCAUUUAACAGGGAAAGAAUCCCAGGGAGCAAGGCUAAGGAAUAUUUUUUACUGCUUGUUUUCUAGAAAAUAAAAAUCAGCCUUAUUUACUGUUUACACCUGCACUCAACAAAAACUUGAGCCCAGUGUCUUUAACAUUUCAAUAAGCUAAUGAGCUACAUGUGUGAUUUUUGUUUAGUUCAGUCUUACUCACUCGUGUGCUUCAUUGUGAAUCAGCGUCGACAUCUCUGCGUACCAUGACACGCUGUAACUUAGAUCUGUAUGUAUGACGAUGCUACUGUCGAGUUCAUCUGAUAUACAGACCACUUUAUUUAAAAGCCUUUCAGCAAGUUUUUUUGUGAAAAAUAUAACCGUUAUCUGAGAGGCACUUCAAGAAUGUCCCAGAGAGAAGUGUGCGUUUGUGUUUACUUACAUGUCUUACUUCAGUGCUAGCACUACUGAAAGGCAUUCUAAAUGCACAGAUGACGUAGUCACUGAAAUGUUCAUCUACAAGACUGGCAUUCCAAAUCAUCCCACUCUCAAUGCUGAGUGUUUGUUUUGUCGUACUGCUGUGUUUUAGUCUGACUUUUCUGUGUGACCGAUGGCAGUCAUGUCACCCCUGCACAUGUCUUUGUCAGACAUCUUGUUUAUGGCUGUGUUUAUGUUCGAUCACCUUAUUGAUGUGAAAUGGAGGCCAUGUCAGUGAAGCCAACCUGAAACUGGCCAUUGUCUGGCACUGUGACCAUUCCUAGAAAUGUGCAUCAAUUGAUUAAACUCAGCACAAGUUCAGAGAUGUUUUUGAUAUUUUAUUCAUUUUUACACAGCAUGAUGUUUUGGGGUCUCAUUUAACUGUACAUCUAUUGGACAUUAAUUUUGUUGACUUUCAGUCAUUCCAAUACUGUUUUUUUUAAAUAUAUAUAUUAAGGGAAAUGCUCAAAUAACUCAAUGAUCCAUCUACUUCAAUAAAUACAAUAAUAUACAAAGGUGGAACAUAUGACCCUAAUCUGGACCUCUUAUUAAAUCUGUUCUGAUGUCUUUUUUCCAUUACAGUUUUCUUAAACUGUGUGCAGGCCUUUGCAGUAUGUGUCUACAUUUCUGUCUAUGAAGGCAAAAAUGUAAUUGCAAACAGCAACAUGACUGUUUUUCUCAGCCAGGUUUUCCGUCACUGAAACUGAGGAAUUGAAGUCCAGACAUAGUUGAAGCUCUUUGCUGCAGAAGGGUUUUCCUCAACCUACCUAUCACGAAUUACUGUAAACUGACCUACAGUGACCACUGGAAACUUUCUUGUCGGUUGCUUUUGCCCUUGGAAAUGUAUUUGACUUGAAGAUAAACCACUUUGGGGAGUUUGUAAAGCCGUGAUGUUUGUUGACCGUGCUGUUGGAAACAGUCCUGCAAAGAUUAAAUACUUUCUUUGUAUCAA